GAGGCGGUGAAGCGGAGCGACGCUUCCGGGGCGGUGCUUCCGGGGGUGCGGAGCGGCGCUGGAGGCCGCGCCGGGCCCGGCGGGACCCGAUCCGAGCGUCCGGCUCCCGGCCUUCCGAGAAGGACCCUUGGAACCGUGGAAGAGGAAAGGGAAAAGAUGGGCCUGAGGGGGAGCGGCCCCGCCAAGAGUGAGCCCAGCCCGGCCCGUCGCUGCUCCCGCAGGAAUUCUGCCGCGGAAGGGUUCUGGCGCCGGUGACGAGCGAUGGGGUAUGAUGUGACCCGCUUCCAGGGGGACGUGGAUGAGGACCUGAUCUGCCCCAUCUGCAGCGGCGUCCUGGAGGAGCCCGUGCAGGCUCCCCACUGCGAGCACGCCUUCUGCAAUGCCUGCAUCACGCAGUGGUUCUCGCAGCAGCAGACGUGCCCCGUGGACCGCAGCGUGGUGACGGUCGCCCACCUGCGCCCCGUGCCCCGCAUCAUGCGGAACAUGCUCUCCAAGCUGCAGAUCACGUGUGACAACGCCGUGUUCGGCUGCACGGCCGUCGUGCGCCUCGACAACCUCAUGGCCCACCUCAACGACUGCGAGCACAACCCCAAGCGCCCCGUCACCUGCGAGCAGGGCUGCGGCUUGGAAAUGCCCAAAGACGAGCUGCCGAACCACAACUGCAUCAAGCACUUGAGGUCCGUGGUGCAGCAGCAGCAGACCAGGAUCGCUGAGCUGGAGAAGACCUCGGCUGAGCACAAGCACCAACUGGCUGAGCAGAAGAGGGACAUCCAGCUGCUCAAGGCCUACAUGCGCGCCAUCCGCAGCGUCAACCCCAACCUGCAGAACCUGGAGGAGACCAUUGAGUACAACGAGAUCCUGGAGUGGGUGAACUCGCUGCAGCCGGCGCGGGUGACGCGCUGGGGGGGGAUGAUCUCCACGCCGGACGCGGUGCUGCAGGCCGUGAUCAAGCGCUCGCUGGUGGAGAGCGGCUGCCCCACGUCCAUCAUCAACGAGCUCAUCGAGAACGCGCACGAGCGGAACUGGCCGCAGGGCCUGGCCACGCUGGAGACGCGGCAGAUGAACCGCCGCUACUACGAGAACUACGUGGCCAAGCGCAUCCCCGGCAAGCAGGCCGUGGUGGUGAUGGCCUGCGAGAACCAGCACAUGGGCGAGGACAUGGUGCUCGAGCCCGGCCUCGUCAUGAUCUUCGCACAUGGGGUGGAGGAGAUCUGAGGCCGGGGAGCGGGGGGGGAGCCCCAGCGGUUCGUGCCGCUGAGGGGCGGGAGCUGCCGCGGAGCCUCCUCGUUCUGCACCCCUUGGGGCUGGUGCUGGGCACCCGCUCAGCGCCUCCCCCUUCACCCCUUUGCAGCUCGGGUCCCCCCCCCCCCGGUUCCGUGGCUUCCAAGGAGAGAAGGAGCGACCCCCUGGCGCCACUGGACUCCUCACAGGGCGCUCCCGGUGCCUCCGGGCUCAGCUCUUGCUGGGGACCCACAUCUCUUGUCUUCUCCCUCCGGAUUCCCCUCGUCUCUCCAAGCCUUACGGCGGCCCCGGGGUGCUCCGAGGGCUCGGACCUGCCCCAUGCGGGGGGCUCAGCACCAGGACCAGCGUUCCCCCCCCACCCCGGCCCCUCGCUCCGUGCAUGCACCCCCCGGGUGUCUCCCCUUCUCUCUGCUCUUCCCGCUGCUCCUUCAGCCACUCGUGACCGUGGUUCCGUCUUGGUUUCGCCUUUUGGACCUUUUUGAGGUUUUUUUGCCCUUCUCUUGGUUUUAUCGCCCUUGGAGUUGAGGGUUGGAGCCCCCCGGCCCAGCCCCCUCAGUCCCCGCUCCCCUUUUCCUCCUCGGGCACUUAAUUUAUUUGCAGUUUUGGUUGUUUUAUACAGGAUUUUUCCUCCUCAUCCUCCUCCUCCUCCUCUGCUGUGUCUGUUCCCGGCGCCUCGCUCCGUGCCUGCGCCCCGCAGGGCUUCAGUGAUCAAUAAACAGCCUUCUCCUUGCUUUAGCUCAA